GGUAAUUUGAAAUUUCGUAUUCGACGAACGUACUCGACGGUGUAUCGUCGUACGGAAUGUGAAGUGUGUGACAGUAGCGCACGAAUCGUUCGCAAUGAAUCGUGAAAGAGUUACAAAUAUUGCCGCCGUGUAUUAAACUUGAACAAAUAAAGUGAAUAAGUUCAGAAACCAGAGAAAAUUGUGAAUUUUGUAAUUACAAAACAGUAAUAAUAGUGUUAUUGGAUUCUUUUAGUUCUGUGGAUCCAAACGCACCCGAUCUGCACGUGGAAACAUUUAAGGAAGUGAAUCAGAAUGUCAAAUUUUCAACGUACGCGCAGCAAGGUCUGGUGGGGUGAUUCACCGCCGAAUCUCGGCAGUCCCGUGGCUCAGCCUGCUGAGUGGAACCGAGAUAAUCGGACGAGAGAGGAACAACAAUGGGAACCUCAGCUACCCCACUGGAUAGCAAAUCAGCCGGAGCAACAAAGGAACAAUAGCGCUGAUAACAUUGCACAACCCAAUGCGCAGAUAAAUCAGUGGCCUUUAAGGCAUGGCAGCCCUGGCAGUCACAAAAGCCAAGAUUCCGGAUUUUCCGAUUCAGAUAGUUCGCCGCCCCCUUCGCAGUACUACGCGCCGCCGGAAACAAACGAGUCAAAUAAUAAAUCUUCUAGUAGUAGCGAUUCUAACAACAAUGAGAACGUUACGAUCAAACAUGUGGAAUUUGUGAACACGCCUCAGAAUGUAGAUGUUGUGGAUAGCUCAACAAGGACAUCACCAAACAAUGAAGUCCCUACGCCCAAGCCAAGACUUCGUAGCAGUAGCGUUAUUCAAACUCCGUACGAUCUACAAAAAUAUUAUGAGAUACACAGAGAUGAAGAACACAUGGAUCUUUUGAAGGACAAGGGUCCAGGAGAAGAAAAUAAAAAUGAAGAUGAAAACUCUCACAAAAAAGUCAACAAUGAUAACUUAAAUAAAGAAAACACAAAACCUAUUUCAUCCAAAAACUACAAAGCUAAUUCGUCUUGCAAUGUACUGAAGAACAAUAACGCAACUUUAAAUAAAAUAAGUAACAAAGAAUUAUUGAGUCCAAUAAAACAUGAUACCAAAGAAGUACCGAUUAAAAACAUAUCUGCUGUAAGUCCUUCGAAAAAGUAUCCAUUAAAGAAGUCGUUGGUGUCCAACACUGAGAACGAUAGUGCCAAAGUUAUAAAAUUAGCGAAAGUUAAAGACUUAGAAACAAAUAAUAAUAAUAAGUCUGAUGAAAGUUUAGAGUAUAUAAAAUUGUCUGACAACAAUGAAAUCGCAGUCAACAAUCAACCAAGAGUUCGUACGCCGAUUUCUAAUAUUUCAUAUGUACCAACGGAAAGAUCAACCAAACCGAACUACCAUCGAAGCAUCUCCAAUGAAAAUAAUUCUUCUCCUCUGACUACAACACCUAGGUUCGAAAGGAAUAGAUUAAAUAAAUCACUCAAUUUCGAAGCUCAGAAACUCGACCAACAAAUUCUUGAUAUCCAAGACGGCCACCACUCAUUGGGAUACAUUGAUGAAGACACGCCCACUGACGAAGUGCAGUACAGUAAAAAACAAAUCGAAAAACCUAUCAAAACAUUGCUGGCAAAGAACAUAAUGGACAGCCUACAUUUAAAACCAAACAAGAAAGCGGGACCCAAAGCGAAACAAAGAAUGGCAACAAAAGCCGACAGAACAAAAGAACUAUUCAGGAUAUUUCCAAAAAAGGAAAAAACAACUGUGGUAGGCACUCACGCUGGUGGAACUAUGGACGGUAGCAGAGUUCCGCCGCUAGGCCUCCCGAGAUCGAAUGAUCACAACAAUUGGGUAAUAGUCGGCUAUCCCGAAGUCGAAAUGCUGAUACCUCAUUAUAACGAAAGACUUGUGGCCACAGACAGCGACCUAAAUCUAAAAUCGAAGGACCAACCUGAACACGAAAAUAAUGACAUUAAAAACAGCAGAGUAACUCCACCGCCUCAAUUCCAAGACAAACAGAAAACCCCAUACGAAUCCCAUACAAAAACCGACAAAAACUUAACACACGAUUCGAAACGUGAAAAAUUAAAGUUCCGAGAGGAAGAUUUGAAUUUUGCUGAUGUACAAUUAGAUUUAGCGUGCAUGUCGACCCCGAAAAUGCUAGCUCCUGACGAGUUCAUGAAUGGAAGGAACAGCGGCAGACAGAACCAAUCGCGUACCAAUCUUAUGACCGACUUCAACCGCAGCAGCAGAGUGGUCCUGAAUAACCAGAACGAGAUCUUGUAUAGAGAGAGGAGUAUCGACCAAACCCAGUUAGAACGUCUCUGCGAGAGGAAACCGGAGCCCGUGCAACAUUGGCUCUGUGACCUUGUCGGGUCUUACGAGAGUGAAUGCAUGACGACGCUGCAGAGUAAACCCAUAGGCGCGGAAAUGAAGGCCAUGGUAUCCGCCAGCUCAGCCACCAUCACGGGCAACAUCAAAAAAGUCCAAACCCAUGGACAGAUCAUCGUUCACCAGUACAGCGAUGUGCUUAGACAAAUCGAAGAUUCGAAACCGAGCGAGGAACAAAUAUGUUUACUGGUUGCAAACAUCAAUGAGUUCGUAUUAGCUCACAGCAUCACGCUGAACACCAAACCGCCCGGGGAGACUCCCGAGAGAUGGGACAAGAUAAAAAAGUCGCUGCAACUGUAUUUGCAGAAACUAAUAGACAUAGGGGAAGAUGUAAAGAUCGAACUAAACGAAAGCAACGUCGAGUGGUACUUGGUAUUGAAGCAUCUGGACACUUUGAUUGACAUAUUCUUGGAGACUACGAAGGCUGUUUUAAUUCAGCAGAUGAAGACUUUAGUGUCGAUAAUAGAAGAACCUCCGUCGGACAUGAUCCUGAAGAGCACGCUCACUUCCAUCGGGCACUUGGCGAUGCUAAGCGAGCCCACCGAAAGCUCUCUUCACGAGAAAUGCUCAAAAAUAAUGAAGAGCAUAACAGAGCUUCCGUUUGUUGACUGCGCUGUACCGAGAGCUUUAUUGACAGCGAUUAUUGAAACCAAUAAAAGCUCGAUAAAAGCUUUAAGUUUGAGAGCUUUAGCGACCGUGUGUGUGACAGGAGACGCCGUCAAACAAUUCGAAGAGGGUGGUGGUAUUGAGAUAAUAUCAGACAUUCUCUCGGACCGGUCGAACCCGGAGCCGCAGAUGCGCGAGGCGAUCACCGUGCUCACUCAGAUCACGGCGCCCUGGCUGAGAGGACAUUACGAUUUGACUCAAUUACAUUUGUUCUUGGAUAAAAUCGUUGAAAACAUUACUGGCAUCUUGUCUCGCACCGAUUGCUGCCAGCUACUGUUGCUGUGCACGGCCUGUCUCGUGAACUUGGUACGAGAGCUGGAGGUGGAGAAGCGGGACGGCGACCGGACCAAGUCCGACAUCGUGGAUGUGAUGGACAAACAUCACACCGUCGAGAGGCUUCUGGACGCGGUUAAACGAAGGGGACCUUACAUAUCCGUGUUUUUGCAAGAGCAGACCGCGUCGCUGGUGUCGGUGCUGGCGGGCGUGCCGCGCUGCGUGCUGGCGCUGAGCCGCGCGGGGCGGGUGUGCGCGGCGCUGGUGUGCUUCACCAGGUCGCCGCCCUCGCCGCCCGCGCGCGCCGCCGAGCUGCGGGCGCAGACCCGCCUGCACUGCCACGCCACUGAAGCCAUCGCCAGACUAUCAGUUAUACCAGACGUGGCGCACCAAAUCGUCCAACUGGAAGGCGUGCCUCAUCUAAUCCGCUUGGUUAGAUCGCAGAGGACACGCCCCCAUCCGGAGAAAAAUCCCGAUCAAACUCUCAUACACUGCCUCAAAGCUCUGCGGAACAUCUUUAAGCACAUCCCUGAAGCGUUCGAAGAAUACCAAAAAGACGUACAAGAAAUGAUCCGACCUCAUUUAAUGGAGUCCCUAAUGCUGUUUUCGGCCAAACAGGAGAGCUACGUUUAACUUGUUCGAUUAAUAAUAUAUCUGAUUGAGACUGAAGUAUGGAAGGAAGAGGUAAGAAGCACAUUCUCUGUGUGCUAUAAGUUUCCAACGACAAGCGACCAAAGAAGGUGGCGCCACUGUAGCAAGUGGUGUAAU